GUACGGACAUCAAUCUCUGGGCUGUGACGUGACAAGUCGCACUAUUUAAUGGUGCAUACUUGCCUCCUACGAGGAAUUAAAACUGGUGCCUAGGGGCACCUUGGUUUUGAACGAAGAAGCCGAUAAAUCCCUGGGGACGAGUUUCUCUCCAUCUCCUACCAGAUGCAAUACUGGCCGACUAGCGAGAUCCUGCGUUAGUUAAAGCUAGCUAUAUUUAACCCCGAAGUAUGGUGGAUAUUCAAUACACGUAACUUAAAUGUGGCUGCUUUUUAACGAAUAAAGAAUGAGUAAAAGGGAGCAGGAGUUGAAGUGUGUUGAAAAGGGCAAAGAGCUACGAGAUGUGGAGAAAAUUGAUCGCUGUCUCGGUCUUCAGCAAGAAAACUUUGAAGAUGAACUCGACGACAACUUUUGGAUUAAGGUGCAUGAGAAGCAAAACGAAGGUUUUCCAUGGAACAGAGCAAUGGAUGAAGUUCAUGUCGAAAGGCUCAUUGAGAAUUACAAGGAUGGUGGGGAACUUUGCUGUGAGGAUCCAGCUCUUUUGAUGUUAAAAAAAUGGCCAGUUUCCAGAAAGUACUAUGAUAAUCCAGAAAAACUUCCCGGACUUGAACAAUUGAUAAACCGGCGGCUGGAGAUUUUGUUGGAAAGUGAACUAAACUUAAAGAACAGAUACGAGUCGUUUCAAGAUGAAGAUGACCAAGCAAAGAAGACACUUUUGCACUAUACAGCAGAACUUGGCUUUUUACAUGUCACUAAAACACUUGUGAGAAAAUGUCCCAAGCUUCUGGCUGUAAAGACCGAAGGUCAACGAAAACCUGUGGAAAAACGAACCAUGUUACCGGUGGAAUCGGCGAUAGAAGCAGAGAAGGAUGAUGUGGCUGCAUUUUUGAUUAGAGUUAUGUGGCAUGAGAGAGUUCAAAGUUUAUUUUCCUGGAUAAUUGAGGAUACAACAAAUCCUGAACCAUCCUUCCUCAGUUUUGUAGGAGUUAUUGAGAAUCCAAAGAUGAAGAAAACAGUAGUGGCUGUAUUAGACCAGAUGUUGAUCCCUCAUUGGCCAUAUCUUCCUAAAUGCCAAGAAAACUACGAAACUGGAAUGGAGAGGGAGGCAGUUGAAGGAGUUUGGAACACAAUAUCAGAUGAUCCAUUAAACUAUCAUUUUUAUUAUCAUAUUUUGGACGGAGAUGAGGGAGGACGACCCCCAAUGAUUGUGACUUCUGAUGGACACAAGCAGAUUGAAAACAAAUAUUUCAACUGGAAAAGCAAAUCUUGUUUAUGUGCCAUUGCAAAGACCAACAAUAAGGAAGCUUUGCAACAUCCUGUGGUCAGAAUGUUGAUUAGAACAAAAUGGAAAAGUUAUGGACACUUGUUUCUCAGACUACAAGCAGUAUUGUAUGUGAUCUUCUUGCUGUGUUUGUCAUAUUCUCUGCUACAUGCUUCUACUAAAGUGGACCCCACCCAUUAUAGUGAUGUGCCAGACUCAUUGCGUGGACUUUGUGAAGUUGUCACUCUUCUUAUGGUUGUGUUUUACAUCUGUGAGGAAAUAAAUCAGAUAAGAAUAGAAGGGCGUGGUUAUUUCACAGAGUGGAUGACUUUGUUUGACUGGUUAGGCCUGCUGUUGAUAUUGUGUAUAGUGCUGUUACGAUACAUGGAUCAUAAAGCACAGUGGAUGGUGACAUCUUUAGCCUUCUUGUUCAAUUUCCUGAGGAUAUUUAAAUUUUCAUGUGUGUCAAGGACAACAGGAUUAUACACACAAACCUUGGCCAAGAUCAUUUUACAUGAUGUGACAAGAUCCAUGGCAGUUUUCAUUGUGAUCUUUUUCUCCUUCUGUGGUGCCCUGACUUUAUCACUUUGUUACUCCGGAUACAAUGAAAACCAAGAACUUCGUGGUUUUGGAGACGUCUUGAUGAGCGGGUUUCGAGCACUGUCCGAGCAGUAUCCAAUGGCGCAAAAUUACUCGCCUUUCAACUGGCUGUCAGUUCUUCUAAUGAUGGCGUAUAUGGGAACAGUGACAGUGAUUCUGCUCAACAUUCUCAUUGCACAGAUGAGUACGACCUACACUCAGGCUAAGAAAGUCGCUCGUCUGGAAUAUGAUGUGGAUCGUAUUUUACAGCUCACGCGCAUGGAGAGAUUUCCUUUUCUGAAUUUACGCGUAAAGUUUUACAAAGAGGGAGACUGGAUCAGUGAAAUGAAACUUGCAAAAGAACUUCUGGAAUUUAGUGAAGAUCGCAGUCCUUGGGAGUCGGUUGAAGAGAAACUUGAUGAGAUCAGGGAUCUGAUGAGAAAGAUGGUGAAACAGAUGAGGCCUGGACGCGAAUAAACAGGUGUCUGUUGCGUGACGGCAAAUAGGAGGGAUGUAUUGCUUCCGUUUUCUUCGCAAUUUUUCGCCACUUGCAUUUUGUACGACUUUUACCAGAAAGAUAGGACGAUAGUUUUUGAAACUUUUUUCAAACGAACGGGAUAUCGUUUUGAUUGUAAUUUUUUUUUAUGGGGUUUAAAAUUGAAGACCUGACAGCACACACUCACCAGUGGUAACAUAACCAAUUGGCUCUGGCAUAGUAGAACGUGUAGGACUGUGGUCGUCCUGUAAGGCUAAGAAUUCAUGCAUUUUGCCUCUAAAAUGUGAGCCACAGUGUGCCGUGUGAAAUUUACGUGACAGUCUCAACCCCAAAUUUGUUCCUAAGAAAUGCGAAGAUGUUGGAUGAGUUGGAUACAGAUUUAGGUCUCGUGAUUUCCUGCUGUGGCCAAAACAGAUCACUACUUUGUCAGAUACUUAAGGCUGAAUAUAAGUGGUCCUUGAGAUGGUACUAAAGCGUUUCUUUUGGAAACUUAAUUCAAUGAAAUAACUUAACAAAUGAGCAGUAUUUUUCAUUGUCUAGUUGC